UUAAUGAAUUUGCUGUGGUAAAUUAUAUUUUCCUAGGAUUUUGUAUUGGCGGCUUCUGUUGCAAUGGGUGGCAGGAGUUAUUAUUGUGACUAUUGUUGCUGCUAUUUAAAAAAUAAUUUAAGUGUACGAAAGAGACAUGAAUCAGGAUUAUCACAUUCCAUAGCAAAGUAUACCUAUAUGCGACAAUUCGAAGAUCCAUACGUUGUAUUGAUGGAAGAAAACGCAAAAAGUCCAUGUAUUCAUUUUCAAAGGAACAUCUGUAGAUUUGGUUUAUAUUGUCAACACUCUCAUUUUAGUACAGCAGAUAAACAAAAGUUACAAAAAAUUGUUAACACUUUGCAAAAAAAGAAUAACUUAAAGCACGCAAAAAGUAUAGCAUCACAUAAUUGGAGAAAUAUAUUACCUUGGAAUGUUACUGCCACCGGCAAUCACAGAAAAGCUAAGUUAUCAAAGAACCUGCCUCCGUCUUUGAAGGCAAUUAAUUUUAAUAUAUUAUGUAAAGACUUAAGUAAUGAAGAGUGGGGACGCAUGUAAAUUUUGUUAAAUGUGUUUUCCAUCAAUGUUUGUUAUUAGAGCAUUUUAUAGUAUUUUUAUAAUUAUAAAAUACAUAAUAUAG